CGUCGCCGCCGCCAGCGACGCCUGCACCGCCGCCUCUCGCCGCCGCCGGGCGGCCCCGCUGCCGGCGACCGCUCCAGCAAGCAUACCCCGCCCGGGCCGCACCGUCCCCGCGCGGGAGCGCCUCCGCCUGCCGCAUUCCGCGCCGCCGCAGCCGCCGGUGGACCAACCCGACGCCAGCGGCGCGAAGCUGGCUCAUCUCCCGGCGGGAUUCUCGCUCCUUCCGGCCGCCCUUUCUUGGUCAGGGAGAGAACAAGGAGCAGUUGUCUCAGCUUUGAAACACAGAGAGAGUUUGCUUUGGCUCCAUGGAUUCAGGGUUCAGGGUUUAGGACUAACACCAAAAAAGGCAAGGAGCUCUGCAAUUGUUUAAUCAGGCAAUCACAGCUGCUUUGUUCCUGCCGAGACAGUGGGUUUAGGACUACCAGAAAAGGCAAGAUUGAUUCAGCGCGCGCUACUGAUUGCCUGUGUCCUGUGAGCCUUAACCCAACCAACAGGGCAAGAUCAGCUGGUGUUGUGUGACACUGACAGCGGGAUGUUCAUCGCGUCUGACUUGAGAAGCUGGGCGUCUAAAGCUCUCUUCUCGGUAACCUCUGAGGACAGGGAUGAUGCCAAGGCCACACCAGCUACAGCCGAGGCCGCCUCGCCAGCCACUGCAGCUCCUUGGUCAGUCUCCCGCCCGCGCGCUGCUGUCCAAAGCGCAGCUCCUUGUUCAGCCACCAGGUCUGGCUACCGGCCGCGUGCUACUCACCCAAGCGCAGCUCCAUUUUCACCCGCCGGGUCUCGCUCUCGCCCGCGCCCUGCUGUCCCAGGUUCAGCUCUGUUCUCAGCCUCCCGCUCUCGCUCUCGCCUGCGCCCUGACCUUCACGCCGACGUGGACUACUCGAAGCACGACGCCAACAUGAUGAAGAAGCUCAGGCAUGUUCCGGAGGAGGAGUGGUUCCCGCGUCAGAGGCAGGAGCGUCGCCUGACAGGCGGCAAGUUCUGGACGGUUGUGCAGAAGGACCUGUACCUUGCCAUCAAGAAGAAGCUCAGCGAGAUGGCGUGGAUCGACUGGGCGUUGGUUGGCCCGGAUGUCCGUGGCUACUUCGCCGCUACCCCGGGUCUCGACGGCCUGUUGGAGAGGCGUGAUCUCAGGUGGGCUGAUUCGCACGUUUGGCAGUUCUACGCCACGCUGUGGGUUCAACCGGACAGGUCCAGGAUCACCUUCAUGCUUGGCAACGAGCGGCGUGAGCUGACCAGAGAUGAUUUCGCCAAGUAUCUUGGCCUGGCUCAAGGUGGUGCCCGGGUGCACAGCUUGGCCUGCCCCAAUGGGAGCAGGGAGGAAGACCACCUGCCACCGCUAGAGAGCAUCCGCCACCUUUACAAGAAUCCUGAUGCCGUGGUGGUGGAGCAUUGUAAAGAUCGCAAUCAGCUGAACCAUGAAGCAGCCCUUGUGUACGAGAUUGUCAGGAAAUCGAUCCGGCCUAUAUCUGGACACGAGACACUCACCACAAUUGAGAUCUGGAUUCUGCACUUGUUGAUGUCAGCCAAGCCUGUGGACGUAGUGGACUUGAUGAUUGGAGUGAUGCAGGAAAUCAUUCUCGACAUCAAGCGCCGCCUGCUGCCCUACGCCCCAUAUCUCAUUCACUUGUUUGACAAGAAAGGCUGGCUUGAGCAUGGCAUGAAAAUCGAUUUCGGUCAGCGCCUCAAGCGAUAUCCCAACCCCGACAGCAAGAGGAGGCUCAAAAAGCAUGUCAAGUCGCCCAAGGCUCCGAAACCUAAGGCCACAAGGAGUGUUGGGACAAGGUCAGUUUCACCUCAGGUGGAAGCUGGAUUUGACCGUGAGAAUACACAGUUGGACCACACACUUAGCCCGAGCUUAGAGGAGGAUGCACUUGGGAAGAACACUAAUAGGGAAGACAACCUACAGAUGGUGCCAUUCUCGGUUCCUAAUGAGUUCAGAUUUAGCCAGCAGGGGGUGCACGAUGCAGAGGCAGGAAGGUCGGGUGGUCAUGCCAACGAUGAUGAUUCUCCCAUGCUGCAGAGCCAUGUUGAUCGUCAGCCUGCUAAUCUUGAGCAGAUUCAGGGACAACAUCAGCGUGAUCCCCAGCAGCGGCAGAGUGAGAGCCAUCACCAGCAGCUUCAGGGACAGCUGGCCGAGCUUCAGCGACAGUGUGAGAGUGAUCGCCAUCAGAUUCAGGAACAGCUGGCCGAGCUUCAGCGACAGCGUGAGAGUGAUCGCCAUCAGAUUCAGGAACAGCGUGAGAGUGAUUGCCAGCAAAUUCGUGAACACCAUGAGCGUGAACUCCAGCAGGUUCGGGGACAGCAUGAGCGCGAUCUCCAGCAGAUUCAGAGACAGCUAGCCGAGCUUCAGAGACAGAGUAAGAGCGAUCGCCAGGAGAACCGGGAUCUCCGGAAACAGCUAGCCGAGCUUCAGCGACAGAGUGAGAGCAAUCACCAGGAGAACCGGGAUAUCCGGAAACAGCUAGCCGAGCUUCAGCGACAGAGUGAGAGCGAUCGCCAGGAGAACCGGGAUCUCCGGAAACAGUAUAGUGAUAUUGCGGCUCUUCUCAAUAAGGAACUAGAGGAACUAGAUGAUAUUUGCAGGCUCUAGGCGAGCUCCGCUCCCGCCGGUUUCACGCGAUGACUCUACUUCUCAAUGUGUCGAGCGACGCGCUAUGACGAGCUUCUGCUAGCCUGCACCCUGCAGUAUACUCAAGGUUCUCUCUCCUUUAGCACAGCAGCCACUUUACAAGACGGAGACAUAAGCUGGUUCUUGAUGAACUUCUUUGGUGGCUUUCCCUUGUUGUGCUUGAUGUUGAAGUGGAGAGACUUAACUCGUUGUUAUCCUUAUAUGCGUGGAGUGGAGUUGUCUUACAUUCUUAUGCACAUUCUAGAAGCUCCUUUUGUGGAUUCUUCAAUCUUCAUACUUUGCUCCGAUA